AUGUCUUUGAAAAUCGGGGUGCCUCCCGGUUUUUCAUUCUCAGGACCAGCUACACGGGAGGAUAAGGCUAAGACUGGGCUGGAGAGGAAGUAUGUGAAGAGCAGCGCGGAGCUGCUGGUGUACCAGGGACAGAAGAUCAACACACACUCUGAGAAGCAGCUGGAGGAAGAGAUCAGGCUACUGCAGGAGAGGUUGGAGGAGGAGAGGAGAGUUCAUAUGGAGACGGAGACUUUCCUCAAGAAACAUCAGACAAGUCUGGAUGAGAAGCUGGAGGUGUGGAUGGAGCGCUAUGAGAGAGACAUGGAGGACAAGCAGCAGGAGCUCAACAGCCUGAGGAACAAAAAAGCUAACAAUCUCUCCCAGCUCCAGGAGCUGGCAAAGAAGUACAGAGACAUUGAGCAGGUGGUCAUCGAGGACAGGAUGGAGAAAGAGGCCCUACGCAGGAAGCUGGAGAAGGAACAUAUGGAGCGAGACGCAGCCACCAAGAUCCAGUCGUGGUGGAGGGGAACAUUAGUGCGACGCGGCCUGGGCCCCUAUAAGAAAGGCAAGAAGCCCAAGUCCAAGGAGGGAAAGAAGGGAAAGAAGAAAAAGUGAGGUGUCCCUUCUUCAAGAGCUCCAGUGAAAGGAAACCCAAAAAAAAUUCUCAAUACAGACAUGUUACUUUUCAUCAAUGUUCAAUUCCUGAUUACAGACAAUCUAAGUCGACACUGGCCUGUAGGCAAAUAUAUCUUCAAUGAGAAAAGCUUUUUUUUUUCUUUAACAGAGUAAAGUUGGCAUGGUCAUUUUGAAUACUACUACCACCAUUGCCAGGUUCUUACUUAUAUGCAGUCUAACAAGG